AGAAGUUCCACAGAAGCACAGCUGGAGCCAUAGUGUCCCUCCCUUAGUAAUUGGACGACCCCUUUCUUCCACAGACUGAAGCAUGCCAUCCCAGGGAGUAAAGGGUGCACGGGAGCGGGACAAAAAGAGUGCAUCUGGAACUGAUGAGAAAGGUAUGAAGGGCCGGACUACAGAGCCUCCCAAGGCAGGCUGGGCCUUGACGCAGGAGAGGCUGGCGGCCAUGAUCCCUACACAACGCCGCCGCUACCUGCUCUUCGGAGACAUGCUCGACGACACAGGCGCAUCCACUUCCAUCUUUCCACGCGAGUCGGUGGAGGUAUCCUACUGCAUGCCCGACCCGCGCACCUGGACGCAGGCAUUGGAACCAGCAGCUGUGCGUCAGAAUCGGCUUCUGGGCGUCCUCAAGGCUGCAGAGGCCCGUGGCCGAAUCCGCGCCAUGAGGUUGCGCUACACCCGAAUGCGGGCAGAGGAAAUCACGCUCCUGAUCCGGAGUCAGGGCUCUGCGCGCGCCGCCAUCCGGCUGGAACUAUUCCUACCACCCCAACUGAAGCCCACGAAGAUCCCCGAUCCUCUGGACCGUCAAGAGGUGCCGGAAAACCCGGAGACGGGUGGGAGGAGACGAUCCUGGAAGAGGCGGUAG